AUGGACAGCAUCAACGAAGGCUUCAUGCCGACCACUCCAGAAAAUCGAUACCAAAAAUACGUCACCUUGGAACAAGAAGUCUUGGUCUCCUACCGCCUCCUCUUCGGACAGAGCGCUCGCUCGAGGAAGAUCAUCAGGGCAGACCUCCAAAGGCUCGAGCAGAGCGGCCAACCUUUCGACAACCUGCUAUACACCCUCUGCGGUCCCAAGAAGGAGGUCGACAAACUACCGCGCAGCAUCUGGCCGGUGGGAUGUAGGGACUUUGAGCAGGAGAAGCUCCUGGAGAGCGACGUCUACAGCGCCCAGAGCGACUUCCCGCGGCUGGGCUAUCGCCUGAUCAACCUCCAGAGGUUCAGCCUGCGCCAGAAGCCUCGCCGGUUGACGGAUCUGUGGAGGGACCGCAGGAAUCCGCUGCAGUGGUACACCUUUUGGGCGGUCCUGUCGUGA